AGAGACAUUUUCGCGGUUCUGACCCUCUUGAAAGGGAAUUUUCUGAUGAGGAGCUAAGGCAGAGAUAUAGAUUUGGCAGAGAGACCAUUGAGUACUUGUCGGAUUUAAUGAGAGGGGAUCUGGAGCGUGGGACAAACAAGGAGACAGCUCUUUCAGUGGAGCAACAGGUCAUGAUUGCCUUGAGGUUUUAUGGUAGUGGAUCACACUUGCAAGUUGUUGGGGACACAAUGGGAUUUGACAAAUCAACUGUGUCUCGGGUGAUUGACCGUGUGGCGGAAUCAUUAGUUGGCAGGAAGGAUGAAUUCAUAUCGUGGCCAAAUAACCAGAGGAAGAAUGUAAUAAGGGCUGAGUUUUAUGAAAAGGCUGGUUUUCCAAACGUGGUUGGAUGCAUUGAUGGGACCCACAUACGGAUUACUGGGCCUAGCAUUGAUGAACCAGUAUUUGUGAACAGAAAGGGGUUCCACAGCAUCAACGUACAAGCCAUUUGUGACCAUGAAGGUAGAUUCACCAACAUCAGUGCUAGGUGGCCAGGAUCAGCACAUGAUUCUCAUGUUUUCAGAACCUCAGCCAUAGGACAACAUCUUGAGAAUGGAUAUCAAGGAGUUGGAAAAGGUGUAUUGUUAGGAGACAGUGGCUAUCCCUGCAGACAGUUUUUGCUGACACCAUACAGACAACCAGCUGCUGGUAGAGGUCAAGCAAGGUUUAACAGAAGACAUUGCUCAACAAGGUCAACAAUAGAAAGGACAUUUGGAAUAUGGAAGAAGCGCUUUCACAUUCUAGGAUCAGAGAUCCGAAUGAAACCAGAUAAAACUUGCCGUAUCAUCAUUGCUUGGGGUGUUCUGCACAAUAUUGCCAUAAUGAGGAAUGAACCUGACGUUGCAGAAGAACAAUUAAUUGACAAUCAACCUCAGAUGCCACCCUAUAAUGGUCCACAGGACGGAAAAGGCAUACGGGACCAUUUUGCUACCACUUUUUUUGCCUAA